AUGGAGCAAAACCCGCUGCCGAUGCUGAACUUGGGUUACCAGCGAAAGGUCACUUAUGAUGCACAAGCUUCCACAUUCACCUCUCUUUUGGACAGUUUGGAAUAUGUUGGAGAUAGUGCCAAGACAAUUCUAGACAGCACUUGUGCAUGUCAGGAAACAGAAGAGACUUCCCACAGUGAGCCUGCAGUGUUCACUGAUGCAUUUGAAAGUGAACCAGCUGCUGCAGCACACAUGGAAACCACAUCAUUCAACAAUGUUUUGGGGAAUGAAGAUGCUCAGUGCAAUGAAGAUACGCUUCCCAGCUCUGGCACAGUUUGUGAACCAGAUGUGAGUGGUCAGGACAAUUUAGGCUUUUUCAUAUGCUGCUUCAAGUGGAACUGAGCUGCCAAUUUCUUCUGCAGGUUUCCCUUCACAUUGGAAAUUCACUAGU